AUGGUGCCCACCCAAGAAGCGCUCAACGACCGAAUGCAAAUGCUCGUGGAGCAGCAAAAGGAACUCGAGCGCCGCCACGCAGAUCUGCUUGCAACCACGCGUUCAAACCACGUGCGGCACGUGCGCGAGCACCUGGAAAAGCUCGCCAACGACCGCAACCUGCGUCUGGCUGGAACGCGACGAAGGCGACCCAAUGUCCAUCCGGCUGCGCCGUCGCACUUUUCGGACGAAGACAGCGACAUUGAGAGCCACCACGACGUACCUUCGAUGCUCUUCAAGCAAAAUCGGCGGCCUGCCUCGAUUGUGACUGCGCGUGGCAAAGCAGUCGAGCGUCGCCUGAUUCGUCGCUCUUACAAGCGCGUGCGCACCAUGGAGAAUGCUGCAAACGACCCCGAUGCCACCGAUGAGAGCGGCGAUGAGACGGACGUUGAGACGCUCAUUGCCGGCAAAUCUCGCCACCAAACCGUCCGUGUUGAUCGUCUGUUUGUGCAUCCACCGCUGGAGCUGGUUCACACGAGCAGCUUCCAACGUGCACUCGACAAAGCUCGUGCGAAUUUGCCAGCGGUGCCGCUCACCACCAGGCACUCGGAAACGGAUCGCAUUGCCACCGAGAGUGUGCUGCAAAACGCAGCAGCCCAGUACAUUGGCGCUCGCCGUACGGCCGCCCUCACCCACUUGACAGAGAGCCACAAGGUACUCUGGCGGUGGCGCUGGCUUGAGCGCCAAGUCCAAUUGCUGGACGAGAUGCUGGUGGUGGACCGCGCGGCGCUCGCUGCUCUCGAGUCGAACAAUGACGUGUCUGCCGUGCUUGCCGCCGCCGACGAGGCGAUUGGUGCUGCGGACGACCAAAGUCGCGACGUUGUCCAGUCUGCAAUGGUGGUCGAGAAUGCAGCAGCAGCAGCGGUUUCCGAAGCAACAGACACGGACGCUGGUGCUGCCCAUGCGAUGCGUACCGAACUCAUUGCCAACCUUGGUGGUCACCGAAGUACGCUUGUGCGCAGGCAUCGCGGUAUGGCCAUGCUCCCGUCAGGGUCGACGCCAGCGAAGCAGCAGCAACAGCAGCCAGCGCAUCCAGCGUCGUCGCCGUUGAAGGCUGGCGGUGUCAACUCUGAGCUUUGCCGUGCUCCGCAGGUGAUGGCACGGCCGUUCAGUGAGAAAAUUGCGCAGCUGGACCAAGAUUUCCAUCCAGUUCUGUCGUUUUCGACCGACAUGUCGCCUGAAAUGAACUUUGCGCCGUUCAACAUGGCCAUCACACGUGCGCACAUGCAACAGCUCUAUUCGCAACAGCAAUCACAAGAGGCCAUCGCCUUUUCCGCCGCAACACGUCCCUCCGCCCUCAAUCACGCUGCCGCAGCAGCCGCGUUCGUCAACAGCAUGCAGGGGUCUUCAUCGGCAGGCCCCUCCGUCCCUGAUUCGCAGCAUGUUGUGCAGUCACUGGAGCACCAGCAGCAAGAGCUUGAGGCCCUGCAGCAACGGCUGGUGCAAGCCACAGCCAGCCUUGCCAGUGGCCGAUCGUCCGAGUUUGACCCUGCGGUCGUUGCUCAGCAGCUCGCCCAAUACAAGCAGUCAUUGCAACAGUUGCAAUUUGCCAACAACGGCAGCAGCAGCAGCGAGCACGACCCGAUGAUGACGGAGGAUGGCGGCUUUGCUGCACCCGCUGCGCUCAAAAACCAGCGCACAACCUCGACCUCGCUGCCCGGCAGCGUGUCCCGCGCGCGCACCAACUCGUUCAGCAGCACCUCCUUGCCACCAGCGUCGUAUGCAACGCCACCUCGCCUGGGCGGCAACUCACGACGUCCCUCCAGCUCAGCCCGUCCAUCUUCGCUCGCCUCGUCUUUUCCAUCCUCACCGCUCGGAGCUGGGUCGGCAUUUGGGUCGCCUGCUCCCAGUGAUCCCAACUCGCCGUUUGUCGCACCUGCAGCAGCGCGCAAAAGGCGUCACAUGGACGACUGGGACUUUGACAACAUGAUUGUGCCGCAGAGCACGGCACGUAUUGAGCGCAUUCAGUACAAGGAGAUUUUGACGCCCAGUUGGCGCUCCGACACCGUUGUCCCCUCAAAGAAUGGAGCGUCUUCCGAAGUUGCUGGCAACGAGCCAGUGUCUGCCAGCGAGACACCCAGUGACAAAACACCCGGUGACGCCGUGCCGUCCAAUGUCGCUCCUGCUGCUGCUGCUGCUAGUGCUGCAGACGAAGAGCACGAGGAGGACUUGUCGGACGAGGCCUAUGCUCGCAUGCACCAAGCUCUCGAAAUCGCCGAACGUCGUCGCUUCCUCAACUUUGUCAAUCUGCGCGAUCAGACAGGGCGCCCGGGCGACGCUGCUGGCUCGUCUGGCACCACCACCACCGCCGCCGCCGCACCCCGCCCUUCGGGUGGCUCGAUGGGCUUUGCUGCCAUUUCGCUCCGUCAAGUGCAGCUGCAACAGCAAACUGCAGUCAGCUCGGCCAGCGAGUCCCCCGGCGACAGCAGCUCCGAUGUGCCUGCUGCAUCGCCUUCCGGAUCGCAUCAGCUCCGCGGAGUCAACCGAAAGGUUGAAGCUGCGAUCGAGUUGUUUGGCAACGUCGAGGCGCUUGCUCGCAACUAUGUCCAGCACUUUUCUGCUGCAGACUUUCAAGCUCAGAGCCAGUUUGAGCCACGCUCCUUCCCGAUGACGCGCGCCCAGUUUGAGCAAGUUCUGACUGAAAACAACGCCAUCGAGUCGCAGCUGAUGAAUGAGCGGCUUCGCUACGAGGAGGCCUACCGCGCGUCGCCGCAGUGGAGCGAGCGUCCGCACUACUUUUACUAUGAUCACAUUCAAACCAUCCAUGGCAGGCAGCAGCCACUUCCGUUUGUCGCGGCCCCUGGUUUCAUGGCUGGACAUGUCAUGGCUGGAGGUCUGUCGCAUUCGAACGGCUACGCCGUGAAAACCGAGGACAAUGACAGCGACAGCCCGGACGACGAAGACGAAGACGAUGAGGAGGAGGACGACGAGCCUCAGCGAGCCAAUCAUGCGGAUGACGAGCUGGAGGUUGAGAAUGCCAACGAUAGUCACGACGACCAGGACGAGGACAACCGCGACGCCGAGAACGACGAUGGUGAUGACAGUGAUGACGAUGAAGAUGACGAGGACGAUGAAGCGCCAUCUGCAUCUUCCAAUCACCGCCAUGCUGUCGGCGAAGACUCUGACGAUGACUAUAGUGUCAGCACUCCGCGCAAGCGCGACCGCCGACCUCGACCGGCUCGCGCGCGUGCUUCCGCUCCUCCUGUUCCUGCUACGUCCGCUGAUGUCGCACCGCCUUCUGGUCCGCCCGUCAAGACUGUGCUCAUUCUCAAGCUGGGCAAGUCGGUCAUCCGGAAGGAUCUUUCCGACACGCCUGCCUCCGCCGCCUCAGACGCGUUGCCAAUGACCGAGUAACCCGCGUGGCUUCACACUUUUGUUCUCUCUCUCUCUCUCUCUCUCUCUCUCCCUCAAACCUGUCUUCUACCCCACCCAUUCACCCACUUCAUCCC